AUGGCACCGGCAAAGUCGAACGCUGCACAGCGGCUCGGACGCCCGUCGUCUUCAUCUUCUUCGUCUUCGUCGGCGGCUUCACGGCCGGGAUCGUUCACGCUGUUUGUGCCCUACACGACCCCGGCGGCAAUUUCAAGCGCUCGAGCGAGGCCGAGAUCCCAGCCUGAGGUGGCGCAAGACGCAGCUCCAGUACAAAUGCAAAUGCCUGGAGACCUCAAAAAGCCCUUUCAAAGUAUUAAUUUCGGUGGAUCGGCCACUUGUUCGAGUUCUACUACGACUCGUUCGGCCCCACUGCCUCGCUCGGAUUCGAUCUCGACCAGCGUCGCCCAAACAGAGGAGCGGUCGGUCGAGGCCGGCGCUCCAGAGGACUCGGCAGCACCAGCUCCGACGAAAAAGGUGUGGAGCCCACUCAUGUUCAGAAGGCCCACCUCGAACACCGCAAGAUAUACCCCCUCCAAUACUAGAUCGAAUGUCGUCUCGUCUUGGACGUUGAUCCAGGCGCAAGAUUCCGGCAAGUUGCCUUUCGCUCACAUGACUCCUCUCCACGAGACGCGCUCCUUUUCUUCGGGAAAUUUCGCUGACGCGCCCAAAGGGGGUGCGUGAAACUUUAUAGGACACCCGUGCGAAGCGGGGAACACGGCCCAUGUCUGCAUCGUCAAGGCUCGCUUUCAUCGACAAAGGCUCGAGCAUACCUGCUCUUGGGUUAGUUUCUUGUUCAACCGACUCUCAAAAAAAUGCUUUCACCCAGCUAACCCCAGCUGUUGCCCGCCAAAGCUUCACCAAUGGGAGCACGCGCGAGCACUACAUCAGGGUCUUCCGCAGUCAAGUAUCAACUGGGAAACCUAUACCCUUAUGACCCAACCCCCCAACCUCAAACUCAUGGUUGACCACCUGCAGUCCCUCGUAGGCCGAUCCGGCGCGCGUCGCUUCGACGCGCCAAAAGAAUCGCUCUGGUCGCGAAUCCCAGAACAAGAGUCGCUCGAGGAGAUGCAAGCCGCUUUCAAACUUGGGACGAUCCACUUUACAGGAGAUUUGACGGUGGAUGCGCAGACCAAGAAGCUUGUCGUCAGGCUUUGUCCCGCGCACGUCGGCAUGGGGAGCAACAUCUUCCGGCGUUACGGUUCGGAUCGUUUCUUUAGGCUCAAGAUUGAACGCAAGUUGAUCCACACUGCAUCUCUUGACUCGGACUCGAAGGAUCCCCUGCGCUCGACGAUCCAGCAGUUUUUUCACCACCCCAUCAAUAUUUUUGGACGUCAGUACUUCCCCUUUUGUCACAAAGACGAUGCGAUGAUUUAUUGGUGUGCCUCGGGCCCUCGGAUACCCACGAUCUCGCUCAUCAAGUUUUGUCAGAAUGUGGGUAGUAGGAUGAGCUUAGCUUGGCACGAGCUUGUACAGGAGGAUCGGGAUUUACUUGUCCCAAAUUUGUCUACCGCCUCACAGUAUAUCGACGUCAACUUGAAUCACUCCAUGUCGGUAGCGAAAUGGGCCGCACGAUUCGAACUCGGCCUCACACCGACCAUCCCAACCGUGGUCUUCCCACGGGCUCAUGUCUUACGCAUCCCGGACCUCAUGUCGGAUUCUUUGACCGUCUCGUAUGCCAUGAUGCACAAGGUCUAUACCGCUUUGCGUGACCUGGAUGACAGUGAAUUGGACGAGCGUCUACCGCCUGAUUAUCUUCCCAGUCAGUAUUCUCGCCGUGACGCCCUGACGCGUCGGAGACUACAAAGCCGCGUGUGCAGGAACUCCUAACUCACUGGAAAAAAUGAUCUUCGUCUCAACACAGGUGCAAUCAGAGGAACAUACGAGAUCCCUGGACCGAACGGCGUGGCUCGACGAGCGAUGGUCUGGCGACUCGACUAUAACACCUGUCCGCAUAUCGCGGUCAUACAGUCGACCCCGCCUGGAACUCCUUUACCAGCUGCCGUAACGGGCCCCUCUUUUGUUCAGGUAUGGGCGCGAGCGGGUCAUUCAGCAAGAUUUGAUGUGGUCUCCAUCGUGUUCGAAAUGAAAAUGAAGGAUGGGCGAUCGAUCCGAACGGAGAUGAAACCUGCGAGAGGAGAGGUCGAGUAUCUCUCAAGUGAUAAUCCGCAUAUGACUUCGGAGGUCGUGAUGACGGAUGGCUGCGGGUUGAUAUCUGAUGCGGCAAGUACAAAUCAUCUUGAGCGCGCUUGCUUGGGCGCUGAAUUGACUUUUGAUUUGCUUUAUGGACCAGGCCAUGUCACAAAUCGCGGAGAAGUUGACCGCGGCUGAGGGGGACGGUCGGUUGCUAAGAGGCCUCCCACCCGCGGCGCAAGGACGUCUGGGACCUGGGAAAGGUGCGAACAAGGACCAUCCCAUCCCACUUUGAAGCGGUCUUCAGUACUGAUGCACGAUCCUCUCAUAGGUGUAUGGACCGUGGUUCCCCUCUCGCCGUGGGGUACCGAGGCGUCUUUCAUCGAAGUGAGGGACUCGCAGUGGAAAUUUGACGAUGCUCAGACACAGCGUUUCACCUUUGAGCUGCAUUCGAUACCUUCUCCAAGAGACUCGGCAAAACUGGUCAGGAUUCAGGCUACCUACUGAAUGGACCUCGUGCUAAUAACUCCUCCACACCUUGUGCUAUGCAGGGGAAGCAAACGUUUGAAGUGCUCGCGCAUUGCGGCGUCCCCGUCCAAAUCUUUCGCGAGCUGCUCAAGAAGCAACUCCAGGCGAUCUGCGACCCAUUCUUUGAGUUCAAAGAUCUCGGACAAGUACUCUAUCAUAUCGAAAAGACGACGCGAGUGCACGAGGAACGAUUGUUCAAAGCUCGCUCCUCGUCGGACCCCGCGACGAUUCGGGACAAUGCUUGGGAGGGGGAAGACUUGAUCGACGAUGUUGAAGUUGGUGAACAUGAGGAAGAUUCGAGUGGGUUCGUACUGGAUGGGCGUUUGGAUGCGUCGUCUGGAGCACCGAAUACGAUCCUCGAGCUCGUCGUCGAAAUGAUCCAGGCUGGGUUUUCACCCGACGGGACGACGGUCGGGGCAUGCCCACCCCUGGGUGCCAAAUUGGAUUGGAUCGCCCAAGACCAAAUCAAGCGCAAUACGUCUUUCAAGUUGACUUCGGAACAGUGUCGCACUGCCCUCGUCGUCGCCGACCACCUCGGCCUCCUCAACGAAGGCGAGAUCUUCUUCCAAGCUUCGGAGGCGAUUCAGAACGGCUCACGGUUCAGCAACGUCGUUGCAGGAGAUGUGCUCGUCACCCGACCGCCGGCUAUCCAGCCUUGCGAUGUACAGAAGUUCAAAGCUGUGUUUUAUCCCGAGUUCCGCAAUGUCUACGACUUGAUCAUUCUUCCUUCCAAAGGCAAGAGGGCAGCUUGUUCAGUUCUUUCAGGUGGAGAUUAUGAUGGCAAGUCCAGGAUUGUAUUAAAACCUUCUCUCUCUGACCGACGAAAUGCUAACGUAGAAGCCCCUGGUCACAGGUGACAAGCUUUUGAUCAUCACCGACCCGACGAUUGUCGAAGCCUUCGACGCUAGCAAAGCAGACCCAUCUUUCGCCGACCCGCCCUUCCGCGACGCCGAGUUCUUUGCCGUCGAUCGUCGCAAAGUGUCGAACUCCGUCCUCCCCUUGAUCAAUCAAGCAAAUUCGAAUGGCCUAUCUCGAAUGCUUAUUUCGGGUCUAUUCCAAGACGCUCGAUUUGGGCAACUUUCGAAAUUACACACCAAGCUGGCUUACUCCCUCGGGUUGGACCACCCCAAAACUCGCCUGUUUGGUCACCUCUUUGCCCGCGCUCUGGAUGGAAGGAAACAGGGUCUCAGUCUCAACGAUCGGUACUGGCCCAAAAUUCAGGCUCAACUUCCCCCUGGCCUGCUGGCGCCCGAAUGGACCGAAAGGGAGGAAGGUCGACUCGACGCCGAUCUCCGAGCUCAAAAGUUCGCGACUCGUCCUGUCGGGCUUGGGAAGCAUGUCAUGGACGAGUUGGUGAAAGAAGGUCGACUGGCAUUGGAUAAAGCACCUGCGAAAUGGAGGGAGGUGUCGAAAGGGUGGAAGGCGGAUGUGGAUGAGGAUCUGGCAGGCCCGUGGAGGAGGGAGUGGGCGAUGGCGAGGCUGGAGCAGGGGAGGUCCGUGGAGGGGAGUGCUUAUUAUAGGGAUUUGGAGAUGAUUCUCAAGCAUGUUAAAGUGCGUUGUUCUGUACUUCUCACUUGAUGUGGUUUGCUGCGCCCAGCUGAAGCUGAUGUCCUUUCGCCCGCGCAGACGGCCUGGAACGACUACAAGAUGCUCCUAUUCUCCUGGGCCAGAGAAAGGGACUCAAAGCACGAGAUCCGCAAAGCGUACCAAGCACCUGGAUCGCCUUCACCGAAAUCGUCCAAUGCUUGGAAGUCGUCGUCCAAGAACCAGAAGGAGGAUCUUGUCAAUUGCUCGAGGAGGCUUUGGUCGAUCUUGGACGGGGAUCAUUUUGGAUCGGCGAGGUUGUCGGGAUUGGAAGGGGCGAAAGCGGCGAGGACGUUAAUUGUGAGUAUUCGUAUGGCACAGCCAGCCGUUUCUGCAGUUGAAUGCUUUGAAUGCUGAAUCGAAUUCGUUGCAGGCGUCGUGUUGCUACCUCGAACCUCUCAUGCCAGAGCCCUCCACCUCUUCAACCUCACUGUUCGAAAGACUGAAAGCCGUCGCUCCCGCCCCUAUCGUCUCGUAUACGAAGCCAAGUAGUGCACCCACACUAGAUGACCUCGACUCCAACGACGAGGAUGCCGACAAAGUUGAGCAAAUGCUCGGGGUUCAUCGCACGUCGAGCCCAAGUCCGCAGCAUCUCAUGAGCGAUGAUAUCUCCAUCUCGGGGGAUUCACUCUUCACUGGUUCUCAAGGGGAGUGGGAAGCCGAGCUCGAUCGAGUGUGCGUGGUCGAGCCGAAGAGUGUAGGGGAGUCCCCAUUGGGCAUUCGAUCCGACAACACUAGUCGAUCUUCGUUGAUCCCUGGAACGGGACUGGUCCUGUCCCAGACCUCUGAGACGUCGACGAAUGCCACCUCGGCACCCUCGACUUCCCAAGCCAGUCGACCCAACGAAACAACAAGAGACGACAUGAUCGUCGACUCUCCGUUCGUCGCCUUACGCGGACCCCGUCCUUUCAAAAGCGCCGAUUUUAGAGAAGCUGGCAAGGAGGCAAGGUUCAAGUUCGUGUAUGAUAUGUGUCAUCGCGAUAUCUUGGGGCUCAAGACGGAUGCGCUUUGGGCUAAAGUGCAUGGUCAGAUUGGAGCGGCGAGGGGCAUUCAGGGAAUGAAAGUCGCUCCGGGGAUGGUCAGUCCAUCUUCUUGAGGAGCUUUGCUUUUGUGCACCGAAAGAAUGAACUCUGACCAUGUCUCCUCUUCUAGCUCGAGCUGAUGGCGAUCAAAAAAUCGCUGGCGGGUAUCACGAAGGCGCACUCGGUUGUGAGACCGAAAACUCUGCUUGCGCCGGAACCCACGUCUUCCUUGAACGACCUUAGAAAUAUUGGACACACGUUGGAUGCGGCUCGAGCGAGCAAGAGGCAGAAGCGAUGA